GAGCGUCGCUUUGCCGGCGGAGGUCGCUGUGAGGAGGCCGUCGAGGGGCGGCUGACGGAACGAGUCCGCUCUUGCCCUACGGCAAGCCGAGCCCGUCACAUGACCACGACGCGGGGAGCGAGAGGUAGUAGCUGCAGCCGCCGGAGGUCGGCCUAAAACGCCGUCGUGAGAAGGAGUGGCGAAGGCGAAGCGGAGGGACACCGGUGAGGCGGGCACAGGAACAGAAAGGAAGGUGCGCUGAGGCUGCUGCUGUUGUCGUCGCCGUCUUCAUCACCAUGCUGGCUUUGUUGACUCGGCUGCUGGACUGGUUCCGGUCGCUGUUUUGGAAGGAGGAGAUGGAGCUGACGCUGGUCGGGCUGCAGUACUCGGGCAAGACCACCUUCGUCAACGUCAUCGCGUCAGGUCAAUUCAGUGAAGAUAUGAUUCCCACAGUGGGCUUCAACAUGCGGAAAGUUACCAAGGGUAAUGUCACAAUAAAGAUCUGGGAUAUAGGAGGACAGCCACGAUUCCGAAGUAUGUGGGAGCGCUAUUGCAGAGGAGUUAAUGCUAUUGUGUAUAUGGUAGACGCUGCAGAUCGUGAAAAAAUAGAAGCCUCUAGAAAUGAGCUGCACAAUCUACUAGACAAACCACAGCUACAAGGAAUUCCUGUUUUAGUACUUGGAAACAAAAGAGAUCUUCCUAAUGCUUUGGAUGAGAAGCAACUUAUUGAAAAAAUGAACCUGGCUGCUAUUCAAGACAGAGAAAUUUGCUGCUACUCCAUUUCCUGCAAAGAAAAGGACAAUAUAGAUAUCACACUUCAGUGGCUUAUUCAGCAUUCAAAGUCUAGAAGAAGCUGAAAUAUCACCAGUCAUCCCCCAAUUGGCCAUAAUCUGUUGUCUGCUCCUUCCAUGAUGAAAUGUUUAUCGAGGAUAGUCCUCCUGUAUCCAAGGAAUUGCCUUUUUUCAAAGUUCAUGCCUCCAUGUGCACUGCUGAAGACUUAUAUUCCUACUUCUGUCAUAAAAAUUGGCUAGAGUUAUGAGUCGUGCAAAUGUUUUUAUUAGUUCAUCUAAGCAGUAGCAGUGGAUACCCCUCUCAAAAGCUAUCAUUAAAUCAGUGUGUUUCUGCUCUGGUCUUCCUGAGCCAAGUUUUUAUAUUUGAUUUUCAACAAACUUAUUUAAUUCUUGUAUUUAGUGGCUCGUUGAAGAUGCUGACAGAGGGCAGCACAAGGAUUCUAGCACCACUUACUGUGGUUAUAAAGCUUUUAAAACACUGUUUAAAUGGGGUACUAACUUUUUCUACCAGAUGCAUGUGAUAUGUGUUGUAAAAUGGUUUGCAAUGGAAAGUGCCAGCCACUAGAUAUUAAAUCACUAAAUUCCCUUGAAUUCUCAAGCUUCCUUCAUCCCAGUGAAUGAGAUGGCCAUUUGUCAAUUUUUGUAUCUGUGCAGGUCAUUGCUAAUAACUUUACAUGCUGAAAUUUUAAAGGGGAAUAGAAUACUUCAGAAUAAAGCUUUCAAGAAUUUAAACACACAGGCACGUCAAAUGAACUUGAGAAUCUCAGACUAGAGUAACAAUCACAUGCUCCUUGAAAUGCUUUGCAAGGCCAGUCCAGCUGCAUGACACUCCGUUGGUGUCACACUGACUCCCAGCACAAAAGAAUCUCUCACUGUUUGGCUUGUCCUUCUCUUAAUGGAAUAGUUGAGCACAGUUGCACUUGGUGGUAGGAAAUAACUAUGCUACUGUGACAACUCUAGGUUUGUCUGCUUUCUUGGUGCGCAAUCAUGUGUAAAAGUCCACAGGAUAAGAAGUGUUAAAUGGUGUUUUGAAGCACACGAGAAUCAGUGAACUGAUCCUGUUUCUUGGUAAGCUUCUACACAGCAUAGAGGUGUAUGAAUCAUAAACAUUAACACUACUUUUGUAGCUUUACCUUCUUGGCAAUGUCAAUAUUUAAAGGGACAGACUUGUUAAGGCUGGUUUUGUUCAUACAGUGUUGAUGUAGCCCACUGUAUGCAUACAAAUAUAUGGUGCACUGCUUGUGGUGCCCCUUAUUGUGUGUGUGUGUGUUUUUUUAAAGCAACACCUGCAUGUACUUGGAUGCUACACUUUUCAGAGUCCAUGUUAAUGUAGGUUUUAUAUAUUUAGGGGCAUGUUCAUUAUAUGCCUGAUCCAGUACAAAUGAUUUCUCAAAGGAGAAACAUUUCAUACUGGACUCAACUACUAUGAACAGCCACAAUAUAGUUUGUCUUUGCUACUCUGCAUGCAUGGCAAAACCCUUCAGGUCUAAUACUGUCAUUCCUGUUUUACUUUCAAAUAAUAUCUGCCAAAAGGCCACAAGUGAUGUCUUUAUAAUGCCAAGGAAUAUUUAUAAAAAAAACUGCCACAGUUCUGUCAAAUGGUCUGGGGAAAAUAAGAUGGGAUCAUACAGUGGCUGCAAUAAGUGAAUAUGUGUGUUAAAAGUAUUGCAGGUGAAAUGUAUGAAUACUUAUAGAAUGUUACAGUAGCUUUGCUAUAGCUCUUGGACCAACUUAACACAUGAAUGUACCCCACAACAUCCAGUUUUGAUUUAUACUGCCAUGGCCUUACUGUUCCCAUACAAACUACUGCACUGUUGCACAGACACAAGUAUUGCCUCCAUCUGCAAAUUGAGCUUGCAUUUUUAACUCUAUAUGCUUCAAUAAAUCCUGUGUUGUUGGUGCUGUAGAGAAGGGUCAAUAACUUGCUAUUGUACUGUAUUGUACUAUAGACUGCUAUACUUGACUAGACUCUCUGCUUGUGCCUAAAAAUAAGGAAGGUGAACUAGAAUGUGUCAGGAUUUUUUUCCUGCGAGAACCAAAUUACUGUUAGGUAAUUGGCCUGUUGCUGAAUUUAGUGUGUUUGGAUUGGGGUUUUUUUGUGUGCAUACUUCACUGCUUUCAGCAUUUUGACAUCAAAAACCACUAUCAACAUUUUAACCUGUGCAUUAAUCUUGGCAUGUGAACAACUUCUACAUUUACCAAUCUAUGUAAAUAUGUGAAUUUUUUAUUUAGGUGGAUGGCAUUUUGUUUUACUGCUGUUUAGCUUUAUCCAAUAAACUUACGUUUUCAGGGUCA